CUAGUUCGAUAAAAAUCAGUCGUAGACUCUAGAAGGGGCUGUUUUGAUGUCGGUUGUCGCUUGUUUCGGUUUAUUCUUGUUUUAAAAGGAAAUUAAUGUGUGAUCUACGGGGUGUGAACCAUUGAUCUAUAGAUCACGGUGAACGAACAUCGACGAGGUUUAUUUGGAGAUUGACUUAAGAACAGUUGCAUAUACAUUACAACUAGAAAAAAAAGGAACGAAAGGGUUUGUUUCUGCAAGACAACAAGACAGGAGCAAAAAGACAGAGAAAAGCAAUACAGGAGACAGGACCAAAAACGCUGAAAUUAAGCGUGCUAUGAUAAAUGGUGGCGACCAGCAGCAUGGUGUAUGAAGAGAUAGUCGGAAUAAGGGGCAGCUGACCUCAGCCGCCGCGCACGCUCUUUACGCGCGAGAUGCCCCACAAUCUGAACUCGGCUUCCGCCAACUCCGCUAACACGGGACCGAAUCAUCAGGCUUAUCCUCACCAACCUUAUCAUCGAAAUGGAGAUGGACUUCAGCCAGAAAAAGAACCGGUUGAGUUCGACACGUCGCACCUACGUGGUGCACCAGCCGAAGUGGAGGCAUUGGUACACAAUAUCAAAGACGUUGCACAACAAUUUCUUUAUCACUGGAGAACAUUUCCGAUUGUCUUGCCACCACCACUUUCCACGACUACGGAAGGUGAAGACACACUUGCAAGAAAGAAACAUCACUUGAAGGAUCUCUUCGUAGCACCUAGUUUUGACGAAUUGGAUGCUGUAGCAGUUGAUAGCAAAGGAGAACCUCGAAGACUUACUAAUAAACAAUUAGAAAGCAUCAGAGAGAGAGGCUUGCACAAGGAUAAAUACGGAAAGCCGAAGAAGCUGAAUGCCACUCAGUUGGAGAGCAUUCGAAAAUGCGGGGAAUUUGAAGUGGAUUCAAUCAAUUUUGCCGGUCAAAUACAUCGAUGGCGAUUAAGUGCUCUUCUUCAACGAGGAAGAGACAGAAGACGCGAAGCACUACUCAGAGAUCUUGCCUUAGCUACUAGAUUUCUUGUAGUAACUGCAAAAGCUAGAUUAGUGUCCCAUUGCUUCAGUGUUUCGCAAUCUUUUAAAGCAUUCUUAACAGGAUUUUUACGUCUUCUCGAUAUAAUAAUAGGUGUGCCAUCCUUGCAAGCACAUAAUUUAGAUGCCAAAAUUCGAGAAGAACGUUGUCGAUAUUUAGUUGCAGAGUUAGUAUGUAGACCAGAGUAUGAAGAUUCAUUGGAACUGCUUUGUGGAUUUGUAAGAAAACAACUACGUCGAGCAACAAUGGAAAAAUUCGAGGUUGAACGUGAAUCAUCUCAGUUAUUACCUGUUCCAAUUCCUUUUGUGUUUGGUACACCCGGUGGAGCUGCUGUUGACCUAAGAUUAUUUAGCAGAGACAUUAUCAGAAAGGCUUUACCAAUACUAGUCUCGAUUUUAGAGAGAGAAACUCGUGGUUGGUUUCUUCAUUUUAGGGAAAGACUGAUAUCAGAAUUAAGAGCACAGAAAAAACCAGAUGAAGAAAUAGAAAGAGAAGUUAAUGAAGCGGUGAUGAGAGAAUAUUUACAAAGAGUAUAUACCAACAUUUUGUCGCAUCCGGAUAUACUUGCACUCGGUGAAGGUAUUGCACAACUUCUAGUCCAACAAGCACAAUCCGUCGUAUUAAUGCACAGAGCAAUUGAAAAUGUCCAACGAAAGUUGCUGCAAACGAAAGAAUGUUUAAGACAAUAUAUUGAACUCGAACAUCCAGUUUUAUCACGAAUACAACCAUGGAUGCGAGAUCGUAUGAGAGAAGCUGAAGAAAACUUUAUAGAGGAAUGCGAGUGGUGUGCUCACGAGGAAGCUCUUGCUUUGUGUAGUCAUCAAAAUUUGCAACAGACUUGUUACUUUCUCAAUCGUGAUUUAAUUUUUAUGAAAGAGAGAGAGCCAGUUUUAUUGAAAGAAUUGCGUAAAGUUAAAACACCGACUAGAAGCUUCCAAUGGCCGACACAAAUAUGGCUUCCAAAAAAUUGGAUAAUAAGACGAAAUUUUCAAGGUCAAUCUGAAAUCAUUCCAACAGUUUUAAGCAAUACGCCAACGUCCAUAACAACACCGCGUGCGGAUCCGAGUCAACCUGUUUUCUUAGUUGAAAGAGAAGUAGUACGUACAACGACGACUAGGUGGCCAAUGUGGCGUUGGAUAAAUUACAUAGCAAGAACAUGGUGUUGGACUUGGAAUGCAAUGUUUCUUUUGGGAGUAGCAGUUCCAUGGUACAGUCCAGUCUCCAUCCGUGCUUUGUUACUUGUGCAACCUUUUACUCCUGAUUUAGAAUUAAGUCAAGUCAAUGGCACAUUGUUCCCACGAAAAUCUUCACAAAUGCCUACUCUCUGUUCUCGAUUAGUAGCACUAUGGAGGCAUAUCAGUAAAAGUCGAACACAUUUUGAAACAGAACCGGAUACAGGAUUUAUCGGCAAGGGAAUGACAAGACAUUUAAAUAGGCUAUGGAAUUAUGGCGCCAAAGGCCUUUUAGGAACGCUUGUUAUAUUAUUUAUUUUCCCUGUCGUUUGUAUACUUGCAAGUUUCGGAUCUCUACUUAUUGCACUUACUGCUGUUAUGUGGAUGCCUUUAAUUACUUUAACAUUACAUGCUUUCAUGGCACUUAUCAUGGAUUUAGAUAGUCCAGAACCAAGUCGCAAUCGCUAUUUAGUUGUUAUGGAAGCAUUGGUUUGGAAUAUUGGUAUACAAGGAUGUUUGCAACCAAUAGCAGCCUUAAUAGUAGCUCUCGUUGUAUGCCCUAUCAUUUCUUUUGUAAUACUUACUGUUGCUGUGAUACGUUAUUGCAUUAGAGUGGUAUGGGAUACAAUCAUGUUCCAUUUGGUAAUCAAAAAUAGAGGAAGAAUUCCUGCUAGCGACAGCUUUGUAGUUAAAAGAAUAGCAGGACCAGGAUUAGCAUCAGAUUAUUAUUAUCAAAUAAGACCGGAACAAGCGUUAGCCGCGUUUGAAGCUAAAUUAGAGCUGGACGAAUUAUUAGCUUUUCAGCAAGAAAUAGAAAGAUUAAUAACUCAACCGCAACGAGAUUUUAGCCAAUUCGUAGAAGCUUGUUUUGGUCCGUUUGCCGCUGGUCUUGCGAAGAUGAAAGAUCCGUACAAAUCGCUUGAAAAAGAAGCUAGAGAUCUUAUCGCUGUUUUACACGAAAAAUUAGAACGACGAAGGAAAAAUUUACAAACAGGACUUGGUGUGGCUGUAAGAAGCAAGAUUAAACUAACAACGUUUGAUUUGAAGGUAGUUAUACAACAAGGUGCCCUCAUGUUGGAACGACUUUACCCAUCACACGUAUUUGCUCGUUUAACUGGAAACGAAGAAGAUUUUUGGGAAAAUAAAGGAUUAGGUGUUGGUGACUGGGCAGGUUUAGCUGGUCUCAUGUAUGCUGACAUUUUUAGUCUGGAUUUCCUUCAACCUCUCGAUGAUUCUGAUACCAAAUUUAGACUAGAACCACAUCCGGGUGUUGAUUUGUCACGAUACACAGAUAUGGUUCAUAGUACUGAAUUAGGUGGUAUAAAUGGGCCUGAUUUGUUAGGCGCAGUUUAUGCACCACGUGGAAAUAUUCAAGUGCAUAGCCCAUAUCUUGAAGUUUCAGCAUUUAAUCCUCGAGCAAAGCAAGCCAGUAAUAGCAAAAAAUCUGAUAAACGAUGUGAUACCAACGGAUUAUUAACAUCUACCAAAGUCAGAAGACGUACCGUUUCAGCUAAUGGUAGCAUAGAAGGACGAUGGCAACCAUGGAAACGUCAAAUUCGACCAUACAGUGCUGAGAAAUUAGUAAUACCACUUCCUAUUCCACAUCCGGCACAUAUAGCAAUUACCAUUCACAAUCGUGAUUCCGAAGAUCCAAUUCCAUUAGAUUCCGAGCUUUGUCAAAAUAUUUUACGAGCUAUCGAAGAAUCACCUGGUGAAAUGGCUACCGAAUGUGUAAGCCGUUACAGAGGUGGUGGAGAUUCUAGUUUUGAUUCAGUUGCAUCACAAUCUUCUGUCUCUAUAGAGACUGGUUUAGAUAAAGACAAUGAUGAAACCCAAGAGACUGCUAAUAACGAUAAGGAGGGUGAAAAUUAUCAUUGGACUCUUUCAAAUUGGGGUGGAGGUGUGACAAGAAGAAGAAAUAAUUCUGGAUCGAUUAAAGUUGAUUUAGCUUCACCGGAAGAUGUUACUUUAGAUACGGAUACCACCAGAGCGAUGUUCAGUACAUAUGGAACAACCGUGUAAUGUACGUCUUUUAAUUGCACUGGGUAAUGUAUUUGUGAUUUUUCAACAAUCUUUCAUUCCUUUGGAAAAACUUCUUGGGUAUGUGACAUUUUAAUUGGUCAACAUUUACGCCUAAUAUUUCUCUAGAUUAAUAUUAUCAAUGACAAGUUAAAUUAAAAACAAAACAAAGCAUGAAUUAGAAUGACAAAUGGGCUCUGCUACCAUUACUCGUAGAAUUUUCAUUUUAUUAUUAAUUUUCUUCACUGAUAUAUAUAUAUAUAUAAUAUAU